AUGGAGAAGAAUUACUUUGUGCAGAGCACCACCGCCCACCGCCAGUGGACCCUCCGCAGCCUCCUUAAACCCAUAAUUUCUCGUGAAGAAUUCAGAAAUCAUCCUGCGAUUAAACUCAAAUUCAUAAAUCACGUACAGUACAUCCAUCUUUUAACCAGGGGGAUUACUAAAUUCUUAUUGUCAUGGGUGCUUCAGAAGCAGCCCUGCAAAUUCUGUCUGGAACAUUUGCACCGCAGAGAGAAGAAAAAAACCCAGUCAGAGUCCUUUCGUUGCAAAUGCAGCCAGACUGAAAAUAAUAGGGAGGCUUUUCUAGAAGAUGGAAGUGGGAGAUUGGUGAAUGGUCUGGCCAAUAACCUGAAUUUUCAAAAUGUUUUGGGGCAGCCUUUGAAAAAUGAAAAUGGAAAUCUUUUAUCAGAUGAUGGGUUGACAGCUCCUACAUCAAAUAUAUUUGGGGCAAAUUCUAUUGAGGAUGAAGCAUGGACUUUGUUGCAUGCGUCCAUCGUCCAUUAUUGUGGCAAUCCAGUUGGCACCAUUGCUGCCAAUGAUCCAAGUAACUCAAACACGCUCAACUAUGAUCAAGUGUUUAUCCGUGAUUUCAUACCAUCUGGGAUUGCUUUCCUAUUAAAAGGAGACUACGAAAUCGUUCGGAACUUCAUCCUUCACACUCUUCAGUUGCAGAGCUGGGAGAAAACCAUGGAUUGCCAUAGUCCUGGACAAGGAUUGAUGCCAGCAAGCUUCAAAGUGCGUACAGUUCCACUUGAUGGUGAUGAGGAUGCAACUGAAGAGGUCUUAGAUCCCGACUUUGGCGAGGCAGCAAUUGGUCGGGUUGCACCAGUUGAUUCUGGUUUGUGGUGGAUCAUAUUAUUACGGGCAUAUGGAAAAUGCUCUGGAGACACUUCAGUUCAGGAAAGAAUUGAUGUGCAAACUGGAAUCAAGAUGAUAUUAAAGCUUUGUUUGGCAGAUGGUUUUGACAUGUUUCCAACUCUGUUAGUGACAGAUGGUUCGUGCAUGAUAGAUCGUCGCAUGGGUAUUCAUGGUCACCCACUGGAAAUUCAGGCAUUAUUCUAUUCAGCUCUACUCUGUUCCCGUGAGAUGCUUACUCCAGAGGAAGCAUCAGCCGACCUUUUCAGGGCACUUAACAAUCGUCUAGUAGCCAUGUCGUUCCACAUCAGGGAGUACUAUUGGAUUGACAUGAAGAAAUUAAAUGAAAUCUAUCGUUAUAAGACAGAGGAGUACUCCUUUGAUGCAGUUAACAAGUUCAACAUCUAUCCUGAUCAGAUUCCUCCCUGGCUUGUGGAGUGGAUGCCCCGCAGAGGAGGCUAUCUUAUUGGAAACCUACAACCAGCUCAUAUGGACUUCCGUUUUUUUUCACUUGGCAACCUUUGGGCUAUAAUAAGCAGUCUUGCAACCACAGAUCAGUCACACGCAAUACUAGAUUUUAUUGACGCCAAAUGGUCAGAUCUAGUGGCUGGCAUGCCACUGAAGAUUUGUUACCCUGCUCUUGAGGGCGAGGAAUGGCGAAUUAUUACAGGCAGUGAUCCAAAGAACACUCCUUGGUCUUACCACAAUGGAGGCUCCUGGCCAACUUUGCUCUGGCAGCUGACUGUGGCGUGCAUAAAAAUGAAGAGACCAGAGAUUGCUGAAAAAGCAAUCAAGGUUGCCGAGAGACGUAUAGCUACAGACAAGUGGCCUGAAUAUUAUGACACCAAAGGAGCUAGAUUCAUUGGGAAACAGGCACGCCAUUUUCAGACUUGGUCUAUUGCAGGAUAUCUAGUGGCAAAACUACUCAUCGCCAACCCUAAUGCAGCUAACAUGUUAGUUAACGUUGAGGAUGCAGAGCUCAUGAAUGCCCUUUCUUUCGCUCUAACUGCUAAUCCAAGGAGAAAGCGUUUGCGCAAAGGGCCAAAACAGUCCUUCAUUAUAUGA